AUUCUGCUCUUCUUCUCCUUUCUUCCCGCUGCAGCCCAAAAAGAAACCCAGCCACCACCGACGCCUUCCCUUGAGAAAAAUCGGUGAGCAGCCUGAUUUUAUCCUUCUUUUCUGGUCCAAGAACAAGAUUGGAGCCUUGAAAUCUUCCCCCCUGCAGGAAAGCUUCCGGAUCUGCCUUGCUCUGCUCCUCACCGCCGGCUGCUCCUGCUUUGUGGGGGCGAAUUGCUUUGAUUUUUUGCCCCGUGAGUCCCCCUGCACUUGCCGCCUGCCUUCCCCCAACCUGCAGUCCGGUUUUUGCUUGCUAAAUUCUGGUAUGUGGCAGCCCUUUAAGCCUAAAAUUAUCCAUUUAGUUUGCUGCCUUGUGAUGUCCGAAAAUUUGCAGUACUUAGGGGAUGAAUUCCGGUAGUAAUUAGAGCAUAAUUGAGCAUUAAUUCAAGUGGAAUUUAUGUGAUUGAAUGUUAAUUGACUGCUGUGAGAUUUUUGGAGAAAAUCCCGUGAAUUAGCUAGUGUUUUUGGCAAUUUUUGGAAGUGCAAUUACUGUUCAUGAUACUGUUCGCGGACACUGUUUACGCUACUGUUCACAUAUCACUGUUCACGAACUGAUGGCUAACAAUUAAGAGAAUUUAAAUGAUUAGUUUAUGAUAUAAGAAUGAAUUCGGAGAUAUCUGAUAACUAUAGAAUUAAUUCUUGGAUAUUUUGAUUAGGUUCCCAAUCGUUCUGUUAGUUAGCACUGAGAUUGAGUUUUCUGCUUUAUGCGACUGAGAUAAGUAAAUUUAUGAUAAUGCCCGUAUUGUUUUUAAAAGCAUGUUUCGAUUUGUCUUUGAAGUGGUGGCGAGACUAAACCCGUUUUAUGCAAAAGUGAGUAUGACUGAUUUGAAGUGAAAUUUUUAUGCUUUUCAUUAAAUUGAGCAUGCCUACUUGAAAUUUAAUUGAUUGUCCUGAUGAUUUGAAAGUAAUUGAUGAAUUAUGAUUUUUCUGUGAACUUCUACUUGUUUUGUUUCCGAUGUGGUCAUGUUAUUAGUGACCCUGCUAGUGGGGGUUAAACGCUAUCACAUGUCGACAUGUUUACUGAUAUGACGGGUAAAUUUUGGCGCCUGCUAGUGGGUUGUUAUAACAUUGGUCAUGACCUAUAAAGGAGACGUCUAUUUCGUUUUCGUACUCGUAUCUGUUUUUCGUGAUUAUACUUGUUGGCAUGCUUUAAGUUUAAUAAGGGGCACACCAUAUUUACUUACUGAAAUAUUUUAUCUCAUAGUUUUUCUUUAUCAACCAUUUCAGGAAGCGAAACCGAGGACAGAGAAACCACGGGAAGUGACGAGUUAGAAGGCUAGCCAUUUCGAGAUUGAUAUAGAUUUUAGAUAUAGAUCAUGAUCUUUUAAACUAGAUUUUAAUUGGAGAUUUUAUAAAUUCAUUUAAUGGAUGGUUAGUUUGCAAGAGAUUUGAUCUUGAGAUUGUGAGCUUAAGUGUUGGAUAUAGAAUUAUUUUGAGAUAUCUGAUUUAAUUUAUUGGAUUGUCAAAUGUAAAUUGGAUAAGUUCCGAGCCUUGUGCAUUUGUGGAACCCUCUCACAAGUGUACGGUGUCUGUCGCGCCUCAGAUUUGAGUUCUGGGCGUGACAAUCUUUUUGGACAUGUGGCUUCAGUUUUCUUUCUGAGAUGGCUUCUUUUCUUUUUCCUUUUUCUUUCUUUCUUUCUUUCUUCUUCGGCCCGUUUCUGCUCUUCUUUUUUCCGCUGCAUCCCGACAGCCCCCCCAAGCUUGCCGACCUGCAUGCUUGAAAAAAAUUGGAAGAAAGCUUGAAAUUCCUCAUUCUUUCUUGUUCAAUCACAAGAUUUAGGAG